UCGAGACCUCGACCUCCCCUCCCACAUGCUCUUCAGUCUUUGGGACUUCACAGGGCACGGCACCAAGAGAGGGGAGAAUCUUUCGCCCUGAAAAAGAGCAAAGUUUCAGCCCCCCCCCCCCCCCCCCCCCCCGGUUCCUUCCCCCAACGAACCAGCAGAGAUAUAUCGCAGGGAACAAAACACAAGGAGGCCACCAGCCGUAGCCGACACAUGGACACGCAGCAGAGCGUCGUCGCCGCCGCGAUCCAGUCCAGAGGCAUGGUGGCCGCCGCCGCAAACCACCCCGUCGUCGCGGCGGGAGACGUUGGCAGCUCGCCCCGCGCCACGUGCGGCGGCUUCGUCGCCCUCGACGUCGGCGCGCUGUCGUCUCUGGCCGGCGACGCCGGCCCACCGGGCACGCCCACCGCGCCGCCGCGGACACCCAAGGUGAUGCGGUCGCUGUCGAGGAAGGGCGACAGGAAGCCGGCCGACCCCGACGCCAACGCCAACGCCAACGGCACCGCCGGUGGCGGCGGUAGCGAGCGGCCGCAGCUGUUCGUGCACGUGGCGGCCGGCGAACUCGGGGACGCGCCCGGCAGCGCGCGGCUGGUCGUCCACACGCCGCUGGCCGGCACGCCCGGAAGCAAGUCCCGGCGGUUCGGCAGGCGGCCGGCGCCGUGGCUCGAUCCCCGGAGGGUGGUCCUCCUCUUCGCCACGCUGUCCAGCGUGGGAACGCUGAUCCUCCUCUACUUCACGCUAUCCAUGAGCAGGGCGGACACCAGUAGUGGCGGCGCCAGCGACGCUCGGUGAGACGCCGGCGGUCGAAAGCGAAGGGGGCAUUUUUGCCUCGUCUGAGAAUUUUCAAACUUGCAAAGAUUGACAAGAAUCAAUACAAGUAGGGCCAGGCAUAUCGACGGUGAAGAGAUCGAGCCGGCUGGGGAUUUUGUGGACAAGUUUGUGAUGGUAGACAUACUUGUUUCUUCUUGUAUUAUCUCUCUCUCUCUCUCCUUUUUUUUCGGAUUCUCUCAAAAAGGGAUACAUGUCGCUUUACAGCGUAACAGAUAAUACUGAAAUUUUUACUCCCCUCUGAUGCUAAAAACACAACCAAACCAUUUUCGCCACAUGUCUUAACAGGGAUGGCCAAUUGUCUUUGAGCU